CCAUGGCCACACUUGUGCUUGUGCGUGGAGCAGCGCGGGGAGGUUCCGAUGGGCAGAGUUUUUAUAUAAGCCCCUCUAUGUGCCACUCGUCUCUUCUCUCACCAACAAACCAACAACAACCAGCCUGGCCAGCGGACAACAACAACGCACACGCGUAUAAAUAAACGUGAACGCAUGUACUUAAUAUUAGCAUAGAGUUGUCGCCUGCGAAUAUUACAUUAUACAUACUCCCAUGACAACGGGACAUCAUCCAGAAAAACAACAACAGAAGCAACGGCGGAGCAGCUAGAGGAAGAGCAGAGGCGAAGUAAAGGAAAGGGAGGAGAAGAGGAAGCAUUGGAAGAGUCUAUCAGGCACCCACAACCCAAUACCACCCAAAGGUCCCAAAUGCUGGCGUAAGGAAGCCAAAACACCUGCUGCUGCUGCUGCUGCCUGUGGAGAAGCUGGAGGAGCUGCUCCAAACUGCCCAGGUGACAUCCAACCAGUUGGAGGCGACGCACCUGCCGCCUUGAGAAACUGGGAGCAACGGAGGAGGACACGGAUACGGACUCGAUUUUGGAGUAGCAGCCACCAUGAACGCCAGCCUCAUCUAUGAGAUACUCAUGUAUCUGAACUCGUUCUACUUCGGCAUGUACGCCGCCUUCGAGGUGGGCGUGGGCGUUCUAAAGGCGAUCAAUCUGAACUACGGCGAGAACGCGUUGUCCCGGGAGAUCAGUAUCCUGCUCUCCCUGUGCAUCAUCGAGACCCUGCGCAUCGUCUUCGGCCGCAAGAGCAGUCUCAGCGAUCGUGGCUGGCAAGCAACCGCAUCCGUAAUAUUAACACUGCCCAGUCUUGCUAUUGUUAUCUACUUGUGUUGUUUUCAAACCUUUGUUCUCAAACUCGAAAUUAUUCUGAGUGCCUUAAUGAUCACCCUACAAGGUGCUGAACUAGUCUACGCCAGCAUAUUCAUUUGUACAAUGUGUCGCCCCGUGACAUACACCUAGCAGUUGAUAAACCACGUUGCCGCCGCCACGUCAACGACCAAGAUCGAGAUCAAGACCAAGCCAGCACUAACACUCCCACCUGGAGGAGACCGAGAAGGAGGAGCAUCCACAGCCGAGCGACGACUACGACGAAGACGAGACACUUUCCUUUGGCACUUUCACAUCAAGCGAUUCGCAAAGGCCACAAAACUGAGCCACUUUGAUGCAAACUAAGCCACCGCACACAACAAA